AUGGUCCGAAUCUCUACAAACUUCCUCGCCGUCACUGCUGCACUAGCAGUGUUAACACUCCCGGACAGCGUGGACGCCCACGGCGGACAGUCCGUACAUGCUCGCACGCCCGAGCGUCUGGCACAGCGUCGUCUCUUCAUGUCCGAAAGCAAACGAUCGCUCAAGGACUGUGCGGGUCACUACACGUCCCGCGCCACGCACAUCCACAUCCUCGGCACGUACAACGGCACUCUGCUCGAGAACAACACGUACUCGGGUGGCUACGCGUCGCACGUGGGCCAGCUCUUCUUCGACCAGGACCUCAUCAGUGAGGUGGAACUCACGGCACCCUACAGCACCAACACCCAGGAGCUCACGACCAACGCCGAAGAUCAGAUCCUGUCCGAAGAAGCUGCCGAAGACUUCGAUCCGUUCUUCGAGUACGUACUGCUGGGUGACUCGGUGUCGGACGGCGUGUUGGCCUGGAUCUCCGUCGGUGUCGACAUGACCCGCGCACAGACCAUCACGGCGGCGGGUACGCUGACGGCGGACGGCGGUGUCAUGUCUGAGUCCACGAACGCCAUGGGCGGAGGUGGCGGCAUGGGCCCCGGCUCCGGUAUGGGUGGUACGGCCCCUGGCUCCGGUAUGGGAGGCUUUGGCGGAUCGGUCGGUGGUCCGGAGGGAAGCUUUAACGCCGCAUCAUCGGAGACUGAUGUUACUCAGAGUACCACGACCGGCGUCACGCAGAGCACGACUUCAGGCAGCGUUGCAGCAGAGGCGUCCGAUCCGGCGUGUAGUGUGCGCCUUUAGAUGUACUGUUGCAUCGCGACGAGAGCAGUGAAUUUCAUGGAGACCGGCCGGUUGGUCAGUCUGGUUUGGUGCUAUGCUCUUUUCCGGCAGAACGCAAGUUGUGUAGUGAGACUGGGAAUAUGGUCGAGCAGUUGUGGUGGUUGGUCAUAUUGUAUCUCGGAGAAGCAUUGAUGUGAAAGUC